CCCAAUCCUUACGAUGCUACACGUGCAAGGAGCCCACGGACAUCUCCAAGUGCAGAACAGCCACCCUGUGCCCGCCCAAGAGCAACGUGUGCACCACGACCCUGCACUCCGUGGACACGGGUUAUCCCUUUUUUGGGAACAUCACGGUGACCAGGAGCUGUGAGGAGGAAUGUCUGCCCAACAACGGCAUCGGGGACAACAAACCCAAGUCCUGCUGCUACACUGACCUGUGCACCAGCGACACCAGGGCCAGCAGCGGGGUGAGGAGCAGCUCCUCGGCCCUGCCUCUGCUGGUCCUGCUGCUUGGGAAGCUCCUCCAGUGCUCCCUGUAG